UUAUAGAGUCUACCGUAUACCAAACAUGGGUUGUUGCAUAUGCAUAAUAAAUUAUGAUUAUUGAAUAACGUAGCGCUUCAGUAGACCAGUUAGCUAGCUUCAUGUAGCUCCUCCUGUGCCAUCAAGCACUCUCUUCUCUACUAUAAACGUUGGUCUUUUGAAGAUCAAGAUGAGCAAGAAAAAUAAUAAGGACCGAGUCAAGGACAUAGAUUUGUUGAAGGUGGAUGACAGUAUUCUAGAUGAAGAUGAUGUUGUAAGUGCUGCCAGCGAACUUGAUGGCAUAGCCUCAGAGUUUUUUUUGUUUGGAUGUGCUCUCGGUAUUGCGCGUGGAAUGAUGAAACAGCUACAGGACAAUUACAGGUACAAGCAGAGGCAAGGCUUGCAGGCGGUUUUGGACGAGUACGUGCUGGGGAACCAUGACACCGAUAAAUUUGGACACCCCACUUGGAGGAACAUUAUCGCUGCUGUCAGCAAUUCCAUGGGGGGUAACAACCAUAGGCUUGCUAAGAAAAUUGCUGCAAAUCAUGGAUUGGGGACCUCAAAAAAAAUACCUUCCACUGAAGAAUCGUCAAGAUCGUUCGUGGACGUUACUAUGAAGAGAAAUCAAGAGGAAGUGGCUCGCAGUUUACACGAUCCGCAACGUCGUUGUUCCGCACCCCCAACCCCAGCUGCACCCCCCUGUAAUCAUCCACACGACCAUUCGCAUCAUUCGACUGCUCCUACACCAUUGCAGCAAAACGUGUAUCAGAAUCUUCCACUAUAUACUGAUUCCCAGCCACACCACACCCCAGUUCCUAGCAAUUUUCAAAGACCUCCUCAGCAACGAUACUAUCCGAACCCCUCUGAUCGUAAAAACGUGCAAAGAAGAUGUUUAGCUCCUAUUAAUGAGCCAGCAGGAAGUAUUGAAAAUCCCCCAACUUCCUGGCAUGACCAUUCACACAAUCCACAACCUCAUCCACAGUACGAUCAUCAAGCACAACAACGUGACCCAUGCUACACACAUUAUCAGAAAAUGGCUACUCGUGUACCACCGCAGCCCAACCUCGGAACCCAACCUCCCGUACCUCAUGCGAGCUCACAUAGACAGCACGGACGAAUGCAAGAUGAUUAUCAGCAGCCUCAUCAAGGUGAAUCUCAAUCACACCAAGGCAAGAAAACCCCUCGUACGGAGAUGAUUACUGGCUAUUCUACCCGGCUUCACAACAUGGAUCUAGCUGGAGUUCCAAACCAGCAGCCAUCAACAAUGGCCGGUGCCUACUACUCUCCACAACUGACACGAUCUGAGGGCUUCACCCAAAAUCAAUCGAAACCAACGAUUGCAGCAAGUCAGCAACUAUCUCAAACUUUUACUACUGUCGAGAACUACCAAGAAAACAUACCUGGAGGACGUUCUAGGAUUGUUGGCCUCAAUACUCCCCGGAAUAUGGAUAUACCCGAUUCUGUAACUACUGAAAGUACUCCUGAUCAGAGCCCGCCUUCUUCACGUCGUGUUUGGGGUCCACUUUCCUCUCAAAGAUCCCCAAAUGUGGAACAUCAACAACCCACUAGUACUCCAAAUACUCAAGGAACUGUUCCACUAGCUUCACGUGGCCCUACAAACCGUGAAACAGAAGUGACACCAAUUCGUGGAGCGGCAUAUGAACCCAGAAGAGAUCAGCAGUAUGAACAAUCGCAUAAUGACCCUGCUGUAUUUCACAUUGCUAGCAAAAUGUCUGAAAUGAGUGUUGGAAUUCCAAUAACCCCUAAGACCGCUAUCCCUCAGACAAUCAAUCAGCAAAAGUUUAUUCAAGCUGACAAACGACACGAAAUUUUAAAUGAGCAACAGCAAGAUGCUUUUGUUGGCCAGCGUGGUGCAAAUGUGUUGGAACAGCAACGAGGACAGCGCCAACUAAAAAGUGGUACUCCUCCACAAAACCACAAUCAACAACCAAAAGUACCACAAGACCCCAAUCAGCAACCAUUAUCUAGAGAUAACGAAUCUCUCGCCACAGCAAUGAAUUCCUCACUCGGUACCCAAACAAGCGUGGGUAGCUCUACACUCAGCGAGUACAGUAGCUUCGAUGAUGAUGUCUCGACAAGUAGUGUUAGUGGUCUCAAGUCCUCGAUCUUCAGCAACCCCUCAAACACAGUUCCCUUUCCUUCUCCUAAUCUCCCUGUCAUGGGUGCUGAACAUGGACAUCUUGGUGCAAGAGAAAAUCGUGAUGUCUACAGUUCGACGAAAUAUCAACAAGAUGGAUACGACGACGAAACUACAAGUGCCACAACUCCACAAUCAUCACUGAGCACGUAUGCUAGUGAGUUCCAAGGCAAUUUGUCACUACCGACAGAUAACCCCCCCAGAGAGCAUGUUCAUGUCGACGAUCGAUACCGUGCAACCCAUGGGAAAUAUUCUAGUGCUCCUGUUUACCCCCCAAAUGCGAGUGGAGACGUGUUGCCAGCUAUUCCUGGUGAAAGUCCACCGAAUAUCAUUCGGAACCCCCAUUUAAAUACAAGCAUGACUGAUACUGAGUGGAGUGAUCAAAGUAUGGACCGUGAUUGUGAGAGACUACCAAUUCUAACUGAAGCAAAUCGACGAGUUAUUCCCGAAGAUACAAAUGAAUAUGUCGCGACCAAGCCACCAGCUGUUGCAAGUGCAAGUUCUGAAGAAGGAUACACGAGUUUUGCCAUUCAUCAAACUCAGGGAGGAAUGUACAAGGCGGAGAAUGGGCCUCCUGUUACAUAUCACAAAACUGUAGACAGGUUGGAAAAUAACUCUUUGGUAUUGCCAAAUAAGCCCGAGGAUUUAAGGAUACUUCCGUCCACCAUCCAAGGAAGUCCUAAACAAAGCACAGCUCGGCAGCAACCUCCACAUGCCUCCCCCCCACAAAAUAUCAUGGCUAGUGCCUCACCCAUCAAGCACGAUCUCAAGAAAGACCUCAAAGAAAACAUGCCCCAACUGAUUCCAGCUGCUAACAUCGAAGAACCUGAACAGUGUACCUCAAUGCGCUCCAGUGUGACCGAGGCUCCAGAGCAAGUACCAUUCAGUCAAGAACAUUACUCACCAAACCAAAUAGGCGGUUCUUCCGCUAUUGUGCAGAGCACCCCCUCACUAACCACAAAUCAAUGCUCGCCCGAAUCGCUCGAAGAUUCUCAGGAUCAACAGGAAGUCCAGCAGACCCAGUUUCCAGUGGAGCCUUCUUCUACUCACCACCAGGAAACACAAGAUGCACAACCAUUGAGCUACAGCGAACAUGUCCAAAAAACCGUUAGAACAAUGGCCGAUGGUGAAAAACUUCAUUUUGAUUGCUGUGGAGCAUGUAUACGAGGAGAAGUCAAGCACAAAAGUGUGCGCCUCAGUUUUGGUCUCGUUUCACCUCUCCUGGGAGAAAACCCAAUGUCGAUUCACGAAGAAAAGUAUUCAAUGGAAAAACAGCCCCAUGGUUUGGCAGUGAUCAUCAAUAAUGAAAAUUUUAAGAAACACGAUACUCGAAAAGGCACAAAGUUGGAUGAACGAAACCUCACCAUGACAUUUCGUUAUCUUGGCUUCAAUGUUGAGGCCUACCACGACCUCACCAAGGCCCAAAUGUGUACCCUUUUUGCCAACAUUCAAGAAAGAGAGCAUUCGAACUACGACAGCUUCGUGUGUUGCAUACUAACUCAUGGUGACAAUGGCAACCUUAUAGGCUCAGACAGCCAGCCUGUUGAUAUUUAUGAACUCACUCAGUAUCUUCGUGCUCGUAACUGUCCUGGUCUGAGAGGUAAACCCAAAAUGUUCUUUAUCCAGGCGUGCAGAGGGCCUACGCAAUGUUUCAUGGUGGCAACUGACGGAGGUAACGACAACUCAGUAGAUGUUGAACGUGAAGAUAUUGACUGUGAUGGUCCAAGCGGGCAAAAUCCAGAGGGGAGUAUUCUCGGAAAAUUUAUUCUUCGUUCCUUCCCGGAAAUCACACAAAACGAACAGAUUAAAGCUGAUGGUGUGAUUCCGGAUGUAGCCGAUUUCAUAUUUGCUUAUGCUACUCCACCCGGUCAUGUUGCCUAUAGGGAUUUGCAACACGGAUCGUGGUAUAUAUCGGAGCUUUGUAAAGCAUUGUGUAUGUACAGCAGUGUCUUAUCGCUGGAGGCCAUCAUGACCAAGGUCCGCUGUAAGGUGGGCACUGAUUAUAGUCACUUGUAUUUCAAGCAAGCUCCCGAAACAACCACUAGACUUCGAGCUCAAGUUUUCUUCUGACACUUUUGAGUUCUUAACGAGUGCAGAACUGAUGCAGGUAUAGAUUAUAUGUUGUAUAUUUUAUAUACAUGUAGUGCGUGAAUUUAUAAUUAUGUUUCAUUAGAUGGUAUUUUAUUAAUAUUCAUGAUUAUGUGUUAUGUUAAUUGUUGGUGGUUCACCCACACUGAUCGAAA